AUGUCAAGUGAAACCACAACUCCAAGAAGAGCCAAGAAAUCAGGAGGUGAUAAUAAAUCAUCCUUCUUUCAACGUUUAUUAGAACAACAAAAAUCAGAUCAAGCAACUUCAAACAAAUUCAAGUGGGUACCUGAUGGUGAAGGUGGUUUUGUUGUUGGUGAAAUUAUUGAAGAAACUGCAAGUGAAGUUCAAUUCAAAUUAGAUGAUGGUAGAAUUGAUAAAUGUAAACCUGAUAUGGUUUAUCCUAUGAAUCCACAAAAAUUGGAUGGUAUUCCAGAUAUGGCACAAUUAUCCUUGUUAAAUGAACCAUCUGUAUUUUAUAAUUUAAAGUACAGAUAUGAGAGAGAUCAAAUCUAUACUUAUAGUGGUCUAUUUUUGGUAGCAGUGAAUCCGUAUAAGAAUUUACCAAUUUAUACCGAUGAGGUUAUAAAGAGACAUGAUGGUAAGAGACGUGAAGAUGUUGAACCACACAUUUAUACAGUUUCAGAUGUUGCCUAUAGACAAAUGUUACAGAAUGGUGAGAAUCAAAGUAUGCUCAUUACAGGUGAAUCUGGUGCAGGUAAAACUGUUAAUACUAAACGUGUUAUUCAAUACUUGACACAUGUUGCUGGUAAAGGUGGUAGUGGUGGUCAAAUUGAACAACAAUUGAUCAUGUGUAAUCCAUUAUUAGAAUCAUUUGGUAAUGCUAAAACAUUGAGAAAUGAUAAUUCUUCACGUUUUGGUAAAUUUAUUGAAAUUCAAUUUGAUAAACAGGGAUAUAUUGGUGGUUGUAGAAUUCAACACUACUUGUUAGAAACAACAAGAGUUAUUAGACAAGCAUUGAAUGAGAGAAGUUUUCACAUUUUCUAUCAAAUAUUUUCAUUAGAUUCUGAUAAGAAGAAGGAAUUAUACUUGACAGAACCAUCUGAUUUUGAAUAUAUUAAUCAAUCAAAUUGUUAUGUUGUACCAGGUGUUGAUGAUACAAAUGAUUUGAAAUUAACUUUACAAUCAAUGAAAGUUAUGAAAAUGUCAGAUUCUGAAAUUGAUAUGAUUUUUAGAAUUGUUUCCUUCAUUUUACAUAUUGGUAAUGUUCAAUUUAAAGAUAAUGAAGAAGAACAUGCACAAAUUGUUUCAAAUGUAAAAUCAGGAUCACCAUUAGAUUUUGCAUGUGAUAUUUUAUCAGUUCCAUCCGAUCAAUUAACAAAAGGUUUCUGUAAACCACGUAUUAUUUUACCAGGUGAAAUUAUUGAAAUGGCAGUUGAUUCUAGAAAAGCUAAUUUUAAUAGAAAUGCACUAGUCAUGUCAACUUAUUUGAGAAUGUUUGAUUGGAUUGUUCAAAAGAUUAAUCAAUCAAUGAAUGCCAAAUGUGAAAUUAAGAAUUUUAUUGGUGUUUUAGAUAUUGCUGGUUUUGAAAUCUUUGAAUUGAACAGUUUUGAACAAAUGUGUAUCAAUUUUACAAAUGAAAAAUUACAACAAUUUUUCAAUCAUCACAUGUUCAAGAAGGAACAAGAAGAAUAUUUGAGAGAAGAUAUUGCUUGGAAUUUCAUUGAUUUUGGUUUAGAUUUACAACCAACUAUUGAUUUAAUUGAAAAACCACAAGGUGUUUUAGAUAUUUUACAUCAAAAAUGUGUUGUUCAAAAUCAAGAUGAAGAAUCAUUCGUACGUGACUUGUUGUCAAAGAAUCAAAAAUCUGAAAAAUUGAGAAAGGAUAAAUUUGAUCAAAAAUCAUUCAUUGUAACUCACUAUGCAGGUGAAGUUAAAUAUAAUGUUCGUGAUUGGUACAGUAAGAAUGUUGAUCCAUUGAAUGAUGAUUGUAAAAUGGCUAUGCAAAAAUCACAACUUCCAUUCAUUAAGAAACUCUUUGUUGAUCAACAAUCAUCUGGUGGUUCAGGUGCAGGUGUUCGUUUCCAAACUGUUGGUAACAAGUAUAAGAAACAAUUGAGUGAUUUAAUUCAAUUAUUGAGUUCAACUGAACCUCAUUUCAUUCGUUGUAUCAAACCAAAUAAUUUACAAAAACCAGGUAUUAUUCAAGCACCAAGUGUUUUAGAACAAUUGAAAUGUAAUGGUGUAUUGGAAGGUAUUAGAAUUUCUAGAAAGGGUUAUCCAGGUAGAAUUAAAUUCAAUGAAUUUGUUAAGAGAUAUGAAUUAUUGGCCAAAGAUAAAAAAUCAUUGGAUGGAAUGAAAUUGGAACGUGAAAAGUGUCAUGCCAUCAUUUCUAAAAUUACCUCACUAGAUGAUUCUAAAUAUAAAUUAGGUAAAACAAAGAUUUUCCUCAAAUCAGGUGUUGAAGCUCAAUUAGAAGAAUUGAGAGAGGCAGAAAUUGAAAAAGUUAUUGCAUUAGCACAAGCAGCUUGUCAAGGUCAUUCAGCACGUAAACAAUAUAAGAAAUUGAUGGGUAGAAUUGUUUAUAUCAAAUUAUUACAACGUAAUUUCCGUGCCUAUUUGAGUAUGAAAGAUUGGGAUUGGUAUCAAUUAUUUGUUAAAGUUAGACCAUUAGUUGAAGCUGAUCGUUCUGAUAAGAUUCUCCAACAAAUGAAAGAUGAAAUUGAAAAAUUGAAACAAGAAAUUGCCAAUCAAAUUGAAAAUAACAAAAUUACAGAACAAGAAAAGGAUAAUUUGAAUAGAAAUGUUGAACAAAUUAGAUCUGAAAUGGCCAUUAGAGAAUCAGAAAUUGAACAAUUACAACAAAUGAUGAGAGAUAUGAAAGAUAAAAUUCAAAAUAGAGAAUCUGAAAUGGAAAAUUUGAAUGGAUCAUUAAAAGAUGGUGAAAGUGCAAUGAAUAAUUUGAGAAGAGAUUUACAAAAUAAGGAUUUUGAAAUGAAUCAAUUAAAGACACAAUUAGAUCAAGCUAAAAGACAAUUAUCUGAUAAAGAUGUAGAAGUAUUACAACGUGGUAAAUCAGUACAAGAAAUGAAAGAAGAAUUAGAAAGAGCAUUAAAUGAAUUAGAAGAUGUUAAAACUGAAUUGAAUAUUACAAAGAAUACUUUGAAUUCAUCUGAUUAUUCUCUAGAUCAAACAAGACAAGAAAUGAUUGAUAAGGAACGUAAAUUAAGAGAACGUGAUAAUGAAAUUAUUGAUUAUAAACGUAAAGUUCAAGAUAUGGAACAAGAUUUGAGAAAGAAUGAAAUUGAUAAGAAUGAAUUAGAAUUACAAUCAAAUUCAAUGAAGAAACAAUUAGAUACAUUCCAACAAGAAUUAGAUAAAAAGACACGUGAAUUUGAUCAAUUGAGAAAACAAAAAUUAACCAAUGAUCAACAAUCUGAACAAUUAUUUGGUGAAUUAGAAGAAGAAAAGAGAAAGAGAAAUGAUUUAGAAAAGAAAUCACGUGAAUUAGCACAACAAUUAGAUACUGAACGUUUUGAUAAGGAACGUAUUGAAUCUCAAUCUAAAGAUUUAUCCAAUGAAAUUGAUGAAUUGAAACGUGAAAUUGCCUCAUUAAAAUUGAGAAUAUCAGAAUUAGAAGAUUUAAAUGAAAGAUUAAAGAGAGAAAAUCAAGCUUAUGAACGUGAUUUAUCUGAUUUGAGAUUAAAAUCUGAAAAUGAAUUGAACAAAUUACAAUCAGAAUUACAACGUGAAAAACAACGUACACAAGAUGAAAUUUCCAAUCUCUCUCAAAAAUUAGAAGAUACUAGAAAGAGAAUGGAAGAAACUGAAUCUAAAUUAAAUUCAUCUGAUAGAGAUGUUAGAAAUUUAAAGAAGGAUAAAACACAAUUAGAACAUGAUAAAUCAGAUUUAGAACUUAAAGUUAAAAGAUUAGAAUCUGAAGUUAAAUCAUCAAAUACAGAUCAAGAUAAUACCAAACAACAAUUACAAGAAUCUGAAAAUAGAAAACGUGAAUUAAUGAAUCGUAUCAGGGAUGUUGAAUUGGAAUUGAAUAAUUCAAAAGAAGAAUUAUCAAGAGAAAAAUCAAAAUCAUCAACACAAUCUUCAGAAUUGAAUCAAAAUCGUGAUCGUUUAACACAAUUAGAAUCAGAUUUAACACAAUUAGAUUUAUUAAAAUCUAAAUUAGAAAAACAAGUACGUGAUCAACAAUAUGAUUUAGAUCAGGAAAAGAAUCAAACUCAAAAAUUGAGAUCAGAUUUAGAAUUUUUAAGAAGAUCUGAAACUGAAUAUAAAUCAAAAUCUGAAGUUUUAGAAUCAACACUGGCUCAACGUGAACAAGAAUUAAAGAAUUUAAGAGAUCAAUUAGAACAAUUAAGAUCACAACUUUCAGAUAAUUCAAACAUUUCAGAAGAAGCUCAAAAACAAAUUAAAAAGAUGAAAGAUGAUUUAAAGAAACAAUUAGAACAAUUACAAGAAUCUGAACAACGUUUCAAAGAUGAAAAUCAAAAACACAAACAAACACAACAAGUUAUUGCUGAUCGUGAGAAUCAAUUAAAUUUAUCAAAAGAUGAAAAUCAAAGACUUUUACGUGAAAUUUCACAAUUGAGAUCUGAUUUGGAAAAUGUUAGAACAAAUUUAUCAAGUAAUGAUUCUGAAACUUUGAAAUUAAAAUCAGAAUUAAGAGAAAGAGAUAGAAAAUACAAAGAUUUAGAAUCUGAAAAGGAUGAAUUUGAAUCACAAGUUGAUAAAUUAGAACGUGAUGUACUUGAAUGGAAAUCAAAAGCAGAUCAAAAAGAUCAAUCCAUUUCACAAAUUGAAUCUGAAAACAAACAAUUACAAUCAGAUGCUGCUAAAGCACAACAAGAUUUAGAUCGUACAAAACAAGAUAAGGAACGUGAAGUUUCAACAAUGAAACAACGUUUAGAUCAAUUACAACGUGGUGAUGGUUCUUCAUCAUCAACAGUUUCAUCUGCUGAAAUUUCAAGAUUGAGACGUGAAUAUGAUUCUGAAUUAAUUAAAUUGAAAGCUCAAUUAGAAGAUCAAGUUAUUCAACUUGCUGACACUGAACAAAAGAGAAAAUUAACUGAAUUUGAAUUGAAUGAUUUCAGAGACAAGUAUAAUCAAGAAGUUAAAUCAAAGAAAAAGAUUGAAUCUGUUAAAUUAUCAUUGGAAACUGAAAUUGAAGAUUUGAGAGAUUUGGCAGAAAAGGCUGAAGAUUUACAAGAUGAAUUAUCAAGUGUUAAACAACAACAUAAUGAAAUUUUAAGUGAACUUCAAUCUGAAUUAAAGAAGGAAAGAUCUGAAAGAAUUUACAAUGAAGAAGAAGCAAAUAGAUGGAAACGUGAUGUUCAAAAUCUUAAAGUUCAAUUAGAAUUAGCCAAUCAAAAGAAGGAUGAAGAAUCACGUCGUGUUCGUGCUCAAUAUGAACAAGAAUUACAAGAUUUACAAGAUUUAUAUAACAAGUUGAAGAAUGAUAAGAAGAAAUUCUCCAAAUCUUCAAAUUCAUUAGAAUCUGAAUUACGUGAUGCUCAACGUUCAUUAUCUGACUCUGAACGUUAUAGAACUUUGGCUGAACAAAAGGCUGAUAGAUUGGAACGUGAAUUGAAAAUGUCUGUUUUGAGAUUGGAAACUGAAUCUUCAAAUCAAUUAUUAAUUGCUCAAGAAAAGAGUAGAAUUGAAUCUCAAUUACAAUCCACUAGAGAUCAAGUUGAUGAUUUGGAAUCUGAAAAUACUAAAUUGAAAUCUGAUUUGGAUUCUGAGAGAAGAAAAUUCCAACAAUUAAUGAGAAGAUUAAAUAACUCUGCUUCUACUUCAUCUGUUAGAGGUGGUGCAAGUUAUGGUGAUUCUGAUUCUGAUGAAGAAGAUGAUGAAUAAUUAUUUUAUUAUUCAACAACAAUUUUAAAUAUUUUAUUAAAUAAUUAUUUUAUAUAAAAUUUGAAUAUUAUUUUAUUG